ACCGAUCGGCCCCGGCAGCAGAGCGUCCGGGUCGGUGGCGUCGCAACAUUCUUCUGCGGAGCAAAAGGUGACCCUCCUCCAGUUAUACAAUGGAAGAAAAAUGGAAAGAAAGUGCCAGGUUCCCAGUCCCGUUACACAGUUACGGAAGUGACCGGUGGAGCGUUGUUGCGGAUAGAACCGGUGCGAGCCGGACGAGAUGACGCCCUCUACGAAUGUGUCGCCGAAAAUGGUGUCGGCGACGCUGUUUCUGCCGAGGCAUCCCUUAAUGUCAUCAAUGAAAAAAUUCCAUCUGGAUUUCCUGUGAUAACCUUAAGUCCUACAACUAGAGUAGUGGAAAUUGGUCAUAGUACUACACUUCAAUGCCAGGCAAAGGGUAGUCCAGCUCCAAGGAUUUACUGGAUUCGAGAUAUGGUGCCUGUAGAUAUGUCAAAUCCAAGGUAUACGUUAUUAGAUGGUGGUGGCAAUGCAGGUUCUCUGCAAAUCGUAAGUAGUGAAGAAGAAGAUCAAGGGAAAUAUGAAUGCGUAGCUGAAAAUUCUCUUGGUACAGAGUAUUCGAAGUCGAUGACCUUAUACGUUAAAGUACGACGAGUCCCUCCUCAAUUUUCUAUACCUCCUCCUCCAAUUACCGAAGUCAUGAUCGGCUCUGAUUUGAACUUGACAUGUGUCGCUGUUGGUUCACCUAUGCCCAAUGUCAAAUGGCGGAAAGGCGCAGCACAAGAUAUAACUCCGGAGGAUAAGUUGCCAGUGGGUAGAAAUGUUCUCGAAUUAACCAACAUCCAGGAAAGCGCAAACUAUACGUGCAUCGCCGCGAGCGCACUAGGAAUCAUAGAGGCCACAGCUAAUGUCAAAGUUCAAUCAUUGCCUGGUCCACCAACGAACGUGCAAGUAACUGAUGUCACAGCCACCAGUGUCAAACUAGAAUGGUCCUAUACUGGUCCUGAAGAUCUUCAAUAUUAUGUCAUUCAGUUCAAACCAAAAUACGCAAAUCAAGCUUACAGUGAGAUUUCUGGUAUCAUCACAAUGUACUAUUCUGUAAGAAAUUUAUCACCAUAUACUGAAUACGAGUUUUUCGUGAUUGCUGUUAAUAAUAUUGGAAGAGGACCACCAAGUAUUCCUGCAGUUAAAACCACAGGCGAGACGAAACCAGGAACAGCUCCAAGAAACGUUCAAGUUCGACCACUAAGUUCUUCAACCAUGGUCAUCCAGUGGGACGAACCAGAAACACCUAAUGGACAAGUAACCGGCUACAAAGUGUAUUAUACCAGAAAUCCAGAGCUUCCAAUGGCAUCAUGGGAAUCACAAAUGGUUGACAAUAAUCAAUUGACGACAAUCAGUGAAUUGAUUCCUUUGACAAUUUAUACAAUUAGAGUACAAGCAUUUACAUCAAUGGGUCCUGGACCCAUUUCGCCUCCGGUACUCGUCAAGACCCAGCAAGGUGUGCCAUCGCAGCCAAGUAAUUUACGUGCCUCAGAUAUUGGUGAAACAGCUGUUAAACUAAAGUGGUCUAAACCUGUCCAUUCCAGUGAAAAUAUUGUUAGUUACGAGUUAUAUUGGAACGAUACAUAUGCUAAGGAGAAACAUCACAGGCGUAUUCCCGCGACAAAUGAAGAAUAUGAACUAAAUGGCCUCUACCCAAAUACUUUAUACUACGUCUGGUUAGCUGCAAGAUCCCAAAGAGGAGAAGGAGCAACUACGCCUCCAAUUCCAGUUCGCACCAAACAGUACGUACCGGGCGCCCCGCCUCGCAAUGUAACCGCCGAGGCAAUAAGUCCCACGGCUAUCAAAGUGAAAUGGUCUCCGCCUCCGGCAGAAAGUGCGAAUGGUAGAAUUGUGUACUAUAAACUGCAGGUCGUUGAAUCAGGAAGAUCUGAUAGCGAAGCGUCCGUCACCACCUUAAAUGCCACCGAAUUUGUCCUGGACGAAUUGAAACGAUGGACCGAGUAUAGAAUUUGGGUACUGGCCGGCACGAGCGUGGGAGACGGACCUACCAGCUAUCCUAUUACUGUGCGAACUCACGAAGACGUGCCUGGUGAGCCCCAAGAAGUCAAAGUGACCCCAUUGAAUUCCACGUCCAUACAUGUCGUUUGGCGCCCGCCUCUGGAAAAGGAUCGUAAUGGUGUUAUUAGAGGGUAUCACGUUCAUGUCCAAGAGGUUAAAGAAGAGGGUAAAACACAGAAUCUGCUCAACGAUCCUAUGAGAUUUGAUGUUUUGGAUGGCGCCGCGUUGGAACUAAACGUCACUGGACUUCAACCUGAUUCUAGAUACAGUGUUCAGGUGGCAGCUUUGACUCGCAAAGGUGACGGCGAUCGCAGUCCUCCAGUCAUGGUACGGACCCCAGGAGGCGUUCCUCACAGACCUCAUGUUACUUUGAAGGUAAUCGAAAGAGAACCAUCAGUAACUGUAGAAUUGGAAUGGAGUAAACCUUCUCAGACCUACGGAGAACUUAGAGGCUAUCGAUUGAGACAUGGUGUAAGAGACCAACCACCACUAAAAGAGGAACACAUCAAUGGUGGACAAAUCACGGCCAGGAGAAUAGGUGAUCUCGAACGAGGCGUAGAAUAUGAAUUUCGUGUAGCUGGUCGAAAUGCCAUUGGAGUCGGACAAGAGGCGGUAAAAUAUUACUCAACACCAGAAGGAGCUCCUGAUGGACCACCGACAGAGGUAAAAGUUCGAUUCCAAACACCUGAUUCCAUAGUGGUGCGCUGGUUGCCACCAACUCGCGAACAUCGAAAUGGCCGUAUUGUUCGAUAUGAUGCCCAGCUCAGGCGCAAAUCCGAUGGUUCCGUGGCAGCAGAAAAUACCGCAAAUAUUACCGCUGGAAGUAAUGUGGACGAAGGAGCCAGAGUUGUCUUUGGAGGUUUGGAAGAAAAUACUGAAUAUCUAAUCCGUGUAAGAGCUCAUACAAGUCGUGGAGCAGGUCCUUAUUGCGCAGAUGUGUCUGCAAGGACGGAACGUGAUUUAGGAAGAGCUCCAAUGUCUGUUCAAGCGGUUGCAACUUCUGAUUCAAGCGCCGAAGUAUGGUGGGAAGGCGUUCCAUCUCGUGGAAAAGUUGUUGGUUACAGGGUGUUCUACGCAAUGGCUGCAGCAACAGCUUCUAUGGAUGCAGGUUCUGAUUUGGACGAAUGGCAACAUAAAGAUGUAGCACGUACAGAAUCUGCGGAUUUAGUAAAUUUGGAAAAAUAUGCCACAUAUCGUGUGGCUGUAGCGGCCAGAACUUCAGAUGGUGGUCUUUGGAGACUGUCGGAAAAAGUCAAUGUUAAGGUUAAACCAGAAGAUGUGCCGUUAGAUUUAAGAGCGCACGACGUCAGCACUCAUUCGAUGACUUUAUCUUGGUCUCCGCCAAUUCGCCUAAACCCUGUAAAUUAUAAGGUAUCAUUCGACGCCGUCAAAGAAUUCGUUGAUUCACAAGGUUUCACCCGAUCUCAAACUGUGCCAAGGCGCGAAGUAGUAUUACCUGCUCAUGCCAAAAAUCAUAUGAUAGACGAAUUGUCACCAUUCACAACGUAUUGUGUCAAUGUAAGUGCCGUACCAAAUGAUUACCAGUACCGACCACCUGCUAGAAUUACUGUUACUACACAAAUGGCUGCACCACAACCUAUGGUCAAACCUGAUUUUUACGGUGUCGUUAAUGGAGAAGAAAUACAGGUCAUAUUACCACAAGCUUCUGAAGAGUAUGGUCCAAUAUCUCAUUAUUACCUAAUUGUUGUACCUGAAGACGAAUCAUUGGCUCACAAACAUCCUGAUCAAUUUUUGACGGACGAAAUGAUUGCUGGAGCUAAAAUGGUGAAUAAUAAUGGUGCACCUGGCACAUCAGCAUCUAUGGCCAAAGCAUCACUUCUGGACGCACCUUAUAUUGCUGCGAAAUUUCCUCAACGCAAUAUUCCUUAUACUUUCCAUCUUGGCAGUGGUGAUAUUUAUGAUGGAUUCACAAAUAGAAGAUUGGAGCGAGAUAGACGUUACCGUAUUUUUGUACGAGCUGUUGUGGACACUCCCCAAAAGCACUUAUAUACCUCAUCGCCAUUUUCUGAGUAUUUAUCACUCAGUAUGCGCGAAGUACCUCCAGGUGACCCACCUCGUAGACCAGACCCCAAUGCACCAGGAGGUGACCCAGACGUAUCUGUUAAUCGCAACACCGAAGAAGCAGGUCUUGUUUGGAUAGUAGGUCCAAGUAUAGCAGCGCUAUUAUUAUCCGCUUGUCUGGUGCUGGUCUUCUUAGCAAGACGACGCAAUAGACCAUGCAAGGCACCUGAUCAGGCUGCAGUUACUCGUCCACUCAUGGCCGCCGAUUUGGGAGCAGGACCAACACCACAAGAUCCAGUUGAAAUGAGAAGAUUAAACUUCCAAACUCCCGCUAUGAUGUCACAUCCUCCAAUACCCAUUUCCGAAUUGGCCGAUCAUAUUGAACGCCUUAAAGCUAAUGACAAUCUCAAAUUUGCACAGGAAUAUGAAAGUAUCGAAACAGGACAAACAUUCACUUGGGAUCACUCUAAUAUGGAAGUUAAUAAACCUAAAAAUCGGUAUGCUAACGUAAUCGCUUAUGAUCACAGUCGUGUUAUCCUGCAACCAACUGAAUCCCGAGGUGGAGAUUACAUUAAUGCAAAUUACUGUGACGGAUACAGGCGCAACAAUGCUUAUGUAGCAACCCAAGGUCCUUUACAAGAAACAGCUUCAGAUUUCUGGCGAAUGUGUUGGGAGUUGCGAUGUGCAACUAUUGUGAUGAUGACCCGACUUGAAGAACGAGCGCGUAUAAAGUGUGACCAAUAUUGGCCGACUAGGGGUUCAGACGUUUAUGGCCAAAUGACUGUCACUACAGUUGACGUACAAGAACUUGCAGCUUAUUGCAUUCGAACAUUCCAAAUCCAGCGUACAGGCGCUACAGAACGACGUGAAAUUAAGCAACUCCAGUUCACAGCUUGGCCCGACCAUGGCGUACCUGAUCAUCCAGCACCAUUCCUACAAUUUUUGCGUCGUGUCCGUGCUUUAACACCAGCUGACUGUGGCCCAGUCGUGGUACACUGCUCCGCCGGUGUUGGUCGAACAGGUUGCUUUAUUGUAAUCGAUUCCAUGCUUGAACGUUUACGUCACGAAAAAACUGUUGAUAUUUACGGCCAUGUUACCUGCCUACGAGCUCAGCGUAACUAUAUGGUACAAACAGAAGAUCAGUAUGUUUUCAUACACGAUGCACUUCUUGAGGCGAUCGUCUGCGGUAACACAGAGAUACCAGCCCGUGGUUUACAUGCCCACAUACAGCGCCUGAUGCGAACAGAGCCAGGAGAGUCUGUCACUGGCAUGGAAUUGGAGUUCAAACGAUUAUCAUGCACAAAAUCUACGGAUGCAUCACGAUUCGUUACUGCCAAUUUACCAUGCAAUAAACACAAAAAUCGUCUAAUCCAUAUUCUUCCCUAUGAGAGUUCUCGGGUUUGUCUGACACCUUUACGCGGGGUCGAGGGCUCUGAUUACAUAAAUGCGAGUUUUAUGGACGGCUAUAGAUACCGGAGCGCUUAUAUUGCAGCUCAAGGUCCUUUGCCAGAAACUGCGGACGAUUUGUGGAGAAUGCUCUGGGAACACAAUUCGACGAUAGUCGUGAUGCUAACAAAACUCAAAGAAAUGGGAAGAGAAAAAUGUGCUCAAUACUGGCCAUCUGACCGAUCUGUUCGAUAUCAAUGUUUUGUUGUAGACCCUAUUGCUGAAUAUAAUAUGCCACAAUAUAUAUUAAGGGAAUUCAAGGUCACCGACGCAAGAGAUGGUUCCUCUAAGACAGUAAGGCAGUUCCAAUUCAUUGACUGGCCUGAACAGGGCGUACCUAAAAGCGGAGAAGGUUUUAUCGAUUUUAUUGGACAAGUUCAUAAAACUAAGGAACAAUUUGGACAAGACGGACCCAUCACAGUACAUUGCAGUGCUGGUGUCGGUCGAACUGGCGUUUUCAUUACAUUGAGUAUUGUAUUAGAGCGAAUGCAAUAUGAAGGUGUUUUAGAUGUUUUCCAAACGGUGCGAGUUCUACGAGCUCAACGACCUGCCAUGGUACAAACUGAGGACCAGUAUCAGUUCUGCUAUCACGCAGCCCUCGAGUACUUAGCGUCCUUUGACCAUUACACCAACUGACAAGUGUUGGUAUGAGGCGCGACUCACAACGAAUCCGGCCUCAAUUCACAGGAGUACAUCACGCACCUGGUUUGAAAUCCAUCAUUUGAAAAUACUUAAUGUAAAGAAUGACCUGCCCUGUAUUUAAUAAGUAUCUUGUGACAUUUUAAGUGUAUAUACAACUUUAAAAUAAGAGAUUGUUAUGAUCUGAUUCAUUGUAAAUGCUGUAAACAUGGUGAUGUGCAUCACGCUGAGCAAAAUGUGUUUGUAUGGUAAGACUGAGUAUUUUUUAUUAGCAGACGAAGCGUGAAUUUUAUUAUUUACAUUACUGCCAUACUUUGAACAGUGCUUAGUCUAAUAAUAAUUUUUAGUGAAAUUUUAGUAUUAAAACAAUUCCAGAUAUUUUUUCUAAAUAAUUUUAUUGGUAUGAAAAUGAAACCGGAUCAUUUAUGAACAUUAACAAGUGUGCCUAUGAUAGGCGGAAGAGCGUGAAUUGAUAGAAACUUUACUGAAACAGUGAUGAAAUUUAAUGGUGUAAAUGAAUGGUAUUAUGUUAGGCAGCUAUCUAUAAUAUAAUUUUUUAAACAUAUUUUUUCCAAUAUAUUUUGUCUAUAUCGAUUGCCAUACUUCGCUUUUCUAAUACACUUUUUGUGUGUCGAUUAUCAUAUCAUUUUUUGAUAUUAAUCAUUAGUUUUCAUCUCAUAAUGGAAUCGAGAAAUUU